AUGCGUUUUUUAUUCCUGCACAUAUUUUUAAAUUUUUUCAUAAGUCCUGCUUCUCUGUCGCUAUAUCUUCCGAUAAAUGCCGCGAUUGGGACUUCUGCAUCAGGUCUCUCAGUUGCAUCCUCACGGCUUCUCACGCAUCGGGAGGCGGUACUUCAGUUUUUGUCCACUUGUCCUUCUCUAACCGAUAUGGAGGCCUGGAGUCAAUGGCGAGCUGGCGGCACUGGUUCUGAUUCCAGUGUCGGACCUCUUUUUCAACGAUGGGGCGAUUUAGAUAACUUCCUUUUGGAGUCAGGACCUGCUAUUGGCAAGAGAACGUUAAUUUUUUGA